AUGGACGCCCCACCACCUCGCCGCUGGAUCGACGCCCCGCCGCCUGCCGUCGACGCUCGCCUCCCCGACCCCCUCACCGGCGGACUCCUCGAGCCUCGCCAGCGAACCCCUGCAUCGGGUCCAUCGUGGUGGUCGACGCACUCCGCGCACGCCCCUGACCAUCGCCCUGUACGCGCGCCAACCGCGCUCACCGUGGCCUCGCCUCGCUCGGCGUGCCGUUGCGCACGCCCGCAGCCGCGCCGAGCCGCACCCGCCGUGCUCCUCCUUCCCGGAGCGCUCUCACCUGCCGUGGCCCGCACCAUCACAGCCUCCCCUGCUGCCUCCAUCGCCGCCCGCUGCCGUCUUCCCCUGCCGCUCCCGCUGCGUGCUUGCUACUGCCCCGCUCGCUGCUCGCCAAUCGCCAUCGCCGCCGCACCCCCUGCUGCUCCCCCCCUGCGGCGGCCAAGCCCCGCGUCGCGCCCGGGGGCUCGCCCCCGCAGCUGCUGCCGCUGCUUCCUCGUCGUGCUGCUCACCGCCGACAGCCGCGCCGCCUCCGCGGCGCUCUCGCCGUCGGCCGCGGCCGUGCCCGAUGGUCGCGUCCGACGCCCGCGCCCAUUAGCCCGUUAG